AGCAGUUGCGGUUCCAGCUGCUUGGGCUCUGCCGCCGUGGCUAUGCGACCACGGGAAGUUUACAGCGCACCCUCGGGCGUGAUUCCGAUUGGUUGCGUGAAGCGCUUCGGGUGAGCUGCGCCUGGCGUGCGGGUCGAGGCACGACGCCGCAGCCGCUGGAUUUGGAGCGGCCGCGCUACGAUGUCCAACGGUGCUCCAGCUUUUUUUGAGGGCACCGAGAAGCGCAUCGAGAUCGAUUUCGCGGGCGACGGCGACCUCCGCAAGGUGGACAUGAGCGAUUGGAAGGAGGUCGUGCACUUGUCGGCGACGCAGAUUCUCAACCACAAGGAAGGCAGCAAGUUCACGAGCUUCUUGCUGUCAGAGAGCAGCCUCAUUGUAUACCCAAAGAAGGCGGUGAUAAAGACAUGUGGCCAGACAACUCCCAUCGGGAGCGUCGCCAAGAUCAUGUCGGCCGCGAAGGGAGUGGGCAUGGAACCGGAGUGGCUGUGCUACUCCCGGAAAAAUUUCCUCUCGCCUGCGGAGCAGCCAGCUGAACACCAGUCGAUGGUGGUUGAGACUGCAUUCUGCCGCAAGGCCUGCGGUGGAAUUGGGGACGCUUUCGUGCUGGGGCCGAUGACGGGGGAGCACUGGUUCGUCUAUGAUGCGAAUUUCAAGUUGAGGGACUGCACGAAGACCGGCGAUUUCCAGCUCGACAUGAUGAUGUAUGGGCUUCCGAAUGACGUCCAGCAGGUGUUCCACACUUCUGAGCCAGAGGGCAGCCGCGCAGGGGCCACGGCCAUGACCAAGGCCUCUGGGCUGGGUGACAUCAUAUCCUCCAUCGGGGGCGAGGUGGACGACUACUGCUUCGACAAGUGCGGGUACUCCUGCAACAUACACGCGGGAGAUGCGUAUGCUAUGGUCCACGUCACGCCGCAGGAAUCCUGUUCCUACGCUUCCUUCGAGACGAACAUCGGAUCGACCCACAUCGGAUCGGAUCAGAUCGGUGCCACCAUCGGGGCCGACAUCAGCGGGUCGCUCGACACCCUCGUCGGUGGCGUCCUCGACUGCUUUCGGCCGGAGAGGGUCACCAUCACCCUCUUCAUCGACAAGGGAGCCCUGGAGGCUGUGGACAACGCGCCCUUCAAGGCCGCGGAGAGACGCUACAAGCAGAAGAACUGCACGUCGACACACUUCGAGCAGGACUACCUGGCCAUCAUCGCCAACUUCGCCCGCGAGCCUGGGCAGAAGAGGGCGCUGGAGCCGCGAGCGCCCGGGCCCCCGCCCGCGAAGGUGGGCAGAGGCAGCUAGCGAGAGGGCCCCGCCCGAGGGAGGGCAGGAUGUAGGCGAAAAGGGGCAUCAUAUACAGUCAAGACGCUGAAACAAUGACUGCUUUUGGCUCUGGAGGGCCUCGUUUUUUAAGGCCGUCGGGGAACCUGCCGUGGCCGAGGCUCGCCACCGCGGCCAGACAGGCCUGUCGCUCGCUUCUCCGGCGUGCCUCCAGGCAGCAGGGCGGUCUGCAUGGUUCGAGC